AUGUCGGGCGCUCCUGAUCGAGAGGCCGUAUUUCCCACGCGCCAGUCUUUGGGAAUCAUGAAGGCCAAACUCAAGGGUGCUGAGACGGGUCACAGUCUACUGAAGAGGAAGAGCGAGGCUCUGACGAAGCGAUUCCGAGAGAUUACAAGACGCAUCGACGAGGCCAAGCGAAAGAUGGGUCGCGUCAUGCAGAUUGCAUCCUUUUCUUUAGCCGAAGUCACAUAUGCUGUUGGGGGUGACAUUGGCUACCAGAUUCAGGAAUCGGCGAGAUCUGCUAGGUUCCGUCUACGCACCAAGCAGGAGAACGUGUCUGGUGUCCUGCUUCCAGCUUUCGAGAGCUAUGUCACUGAAGGUAAUAAUGAUUUUGGCCUGACGGGCCUUGGAAAGGGCGGCCAGCAAGUUCAACGUUGCCGUGAGACGUAUGCUCGCGCCGUAGAGGCCUUAGUUGAGCUCGCUAGUCUGCAGACCGCAUUUGUGAUUCUGGACGAGGUGAUCAAGGUUGUCAACAGACGCGUCAAUGCCAUCGAGCACGUCAUUAUCCCUAGAACAGAGAACACCAUCAAGUAUAUCAACUCAGAACUGGACGAGCUGGACAGAGAGGAGUUCUACAGAUUGAAAAAGGUGGCGAACAAGAAACAACGAGACACGGCAGCCGCAGACGCAGAGAUCAAGGCGAAGAAGGCAGCCAUGGCACACCAGGAGGCUGAUAACAGGUCAGGACCUACCGACCUCCUCGCCGCUGACGAUGACAAUGAUGUCAUCUUUUAA